AUGAAGACUGCUUUAAUUUUGCUCAGUAUUCUGGGAAUGGCCUGUGCUUUCUCAAUGAAAAAUUUUCACCGAAGAGCCAAAUUAGAGGAUUCUGAAGAAAAUGGGGUCUUUAAGUACAGACCACGGUACUAUCUUUACAAGCAUGCCUACUUUUAUCCUCCUCUAAAACGAUUUCCGGUUCAAAGCAGUGACUCUUCUGAAGAAAAUGAAGAUGGUGAUAGCUCAGAUGAGGAAGAAGAAGAAGAGGAGACUUCAAAUGAAGAAGCUAACAAUGAAGAGUCUGAUGAAAAUGAAGACGAAGAAUCGGAGGCCGAGAACUCUACCCUUUCUGCUACCACACCCGGCUAUGGAGAGGAGACCACGCCCGAAGCAGGAAAUAUAGGUCUAGCCGCCAUCCAGCUUCCCAAGAAGACAGGAGAUACAGGAAAGAAAGCUACCAAAAAGGAGGAAAGUGAUGAAGAAGAAGAAGAAGAAGAAGAAGAAGAGGAAGAAGAAGAAAAUGAAAAUGAAGAAAAUGAAGCAGAAGUGGAUGAAAAUGGGCAAGGGGUAAAUGGCACCAGCACCAACAGCACAGAGGUAGAAAAUGGCAAUGGCAGCAGUGGUGGAGACAAUGAAGAAGAAAGAGAAGAAGAAAGUGUCCCUGAUGCCAAUGCAGAAGGAAACACAGUGGCUGGAGAGCAGGACAAUGGCAGGCUUGAACCUACGACUCCACCACAGGAGGUCUAUGGGGCCACUACCCCAACACUGGAGAAAACCACCACCACUGAAUAUGAGGGGGAGUAUGAACAAACAGGCACCAAUGAAUAUGAUAAUGGAUAUGAAGUCUAUGAAAAUGAGAAUGGGGAACCUCGAGGGGACAAUUUCCGAGCCUAUGAGGAUGAGUAUAGCUACUAUAAAGGGCAUAGCUAUGAUGGCUAUGAUGGUCAAAAUUACUACUACCACCAGUGA